AAUAUGUGUAAUUCGUUCCAUAACGCAGUGACCAUAAACUGGAAAGUUUUCUUUUGGAUUAUAUACUUUGAAUGUAUGACCAAAAUUCAAUCUAAGGGAGUUGUAUUUCCAGUAGACAGGUGUCCGGUGAAUGUAUCUGAAGUUGAAUAUGCAACCAAAAGACUGAACUGUUCGGGAUUUGACAAGUUUGAAAACACGUAUCAUUGUCUGCCAUUGUCUGACUUAUCUCAACUUGUAGAACUAUGCUACUUUACCAGCUUUUUGAUCGAAAAGGGAAAUUGCAUGGUACUACAAUCUGGAUAUUUAAACAACCAGUCAUGUUUACAUUUUCCUGAAGGCUGUCCUAAAAAAACCCUACCAGUCCAAACUGAUGAUGGAUU